AUGUGAAACUCAUUAUGUAAUUGGAUCCAGUCAUGAAUAAAUAAUAUACAACAAUUUUUUUCCCCUAUCCCUUUCUACUCAUCUAUCUAUGCACACUAACACUGAACACAUGUAAAUUUCAACAACACUUCUGUAUAUAUAUAUAUAUACACACACACUUGUGCUCUUCUCUAACACCUACCACUCUCUUAUUUCCUCUAUUACAUGUUCAUAUAAUCUUAAUAUUCACACUCUGAUCCGUAUUUUUUCUCCAUGGCUCAGCCUGAUCCAUCAAACUCGAAUUCUUGGUGGAGUAGCUGUAGCUCGAUCUCCUCGACAAACUCGAACACGAAACACCGCCCAAAACGAGGCAGCAACGAUGCCGAGUUGAAUGGGAGAAAUGAUGGUGACAAGAGAAGCAAAAGCAGUAAUAGUAGUAAUGCUAAUCGCAAGCAUCCAGUUUACAGAGGAGUGCGAAUACGGGCAUGGGGAAAAUGGGUAUCCGAGAUCCGAGAGCCAAAGAAAAAGUCUAGGAUCUGGCUCGGGACUUUCGACACCCCGGAAAUGGCUGCUCGGGCGCACGACGUGGCAGCCAUCGCUAUCAAGGGUGGCUCCGCCAUUCUCAACUUCCCGGAGAUAUCCCACUUGCUGCCUCGCCCCGCCACUUCAUCGCCGCGUGAUGUCCAGGCUGCAGCCACCAAGGCCGCCAACAUGGACCACCUCUGCACUCAACAGACAUCGUCCUCAUCCUCGUCUUCAUCAUCCUUGGUAAAUUCAUCGUCAGAAGAUGUUUCGACGAUAAGUGAAGAGGUGCAAGCCCAGGAGGAGCUGAGCCAGAUAGUCGAGCUGCCAAGUCUAGGACCGAGUAAUGACUCAAGUAGGCAGGAUUUCGUGUUCGGAGAAUUUUCCGAAUGGGACUAUAAUCAUCCAUGGUUGCAUAGUUUACAAGAUUGUGGAUUUUUCGAAGAAAAUAUGAUUGAGAAUAUCAUAUGUAGCAGUUAUGAAGGUCUUUUAUCCAAACAUAAUUGAAGAUGAUUUGGCAAUGGUGUGUGAAUUUAGUUUUACUUUUCCUUUUGCCCUUUUUUUUUAUUUUUUUUUUUAUUUUGAGCCUUUGUUUUCUUUGAAUUUUACUUUCUAUAUUGGCCCAAAAUAUGUACUUGCCUUGCAUCUUAAUUUCUUAAAGUCAGUUUGUAAUA